UUUAUAAUUAAUGAAAUUAUAUUUGGGAGAAAUUGCGAGGCUCAUAUCCUAAUUCCUAAGGACAGUCAGUGCCUGCAAUUCAGAGUGAUUCUCUCUCUACUCUCCUCCCGUUACCAAUCAACAACCCUCAGAUAUUUCCGUAUUUGAUUGCUUAGUAGUGUAGAUACGCAGACAUGCUUCCUUAGUGUUUCUUGAGAGGUGACGAUGUCAAGACGCUGUUUACUGGUAGUUCUGCUCCUGUUGAUUGUAUUUACAUCGCAAUUUGAGUGGAAUCAACAAUUCGGGAACGAAAUCGAAGCAACUCCAAUUGUCUCGCGGAGGGAGCAGUAUAGCUCAAAAAGGGAAGAAACUGUCAAAGAGAAGUUGAUUUGGCUGCCAACUUCAUUGCAGAUCAUUCUCUCUCAAGAAAAGAAAAUUCAUAAACUUAAUGAGCUUAUGAGGAAUCUUCAACAGCAGUUGUUGGAGUGCAGAAAUCAAAUCUAUGUUGUUAAUGUCACUGCAAUCCCAUUGACUGAGCAUUUAACUGAGGUUCAGCAUCAACCGAUCCUGGAGGACUAGAGAUUUUUCCACACUUGUUUGUCUUUCAUACGCUUGGUACGUUCAAGAAGUUUCCUUUCGCCUAAGCAAUUUCAUUUUAAUUUUCGGUGAUAUGUACAUUGUUUCAGUGACUUCAUAAAACAAACCCAAUUUCCCCAUCCCCUGUCAAAAUUUAGUUUGUGACUUUGGGUUUCUUCAAUGUCUUAUUGAAUGUCUUGUCAAAAUAAUGUUCUGAAAUAAGUAGAUUAGGAGUUUGUUUUUGAAGUUCUUGUUGCAUAUAACAUUGACAAUGAACAGGAGUUGAAUUAUUUAUCAAUGCAGGGUUACUAAUUACUAGUUAA